GAUUAGGAGCAAUGUUUUGACACACACACGGUUGAUGCAGGUGGAGGACAGACCAGCUGACUGAGGAGCGGGAGGAGGGGCAGACCGACAGCCUGGCUGGCGGGGGAGCUGAUCCACUCCAGUCCGACAGACGGCCAACUUGAUCGGAGUGAACCUGCGACACAAGCCGCUGCUGCAGACUCCCCCGGCAGCGACCAGCCGCUCGUCUGUCUGGGAGUUUGUUAUAGCACCGACCAACUGUACUGUUAGCAAUCCUGGGUAUUAAAUCAGAGUACUGUAACUAAUUGUUUAAGUUGCAAUUUAAAAUGUCUAUAUUACCGUUUACUCCUCCAAUCGUGAAGAGGCUUCUUGGCUGGAAGAAGGGAGAGCAGAACGGACAAGAGGAGAAAUGGUGCGAAAAGGCUGUCAAAAGUCUUGUAAAGAAGUUGAAAAAGACGGGACAGUUGGACGAGUUGGAAAAAGCCAUCACAACACAGAAUGUCAACACGAAAUGCAUAACCAUACCCAGAUCUUUAGAUGGACGUCUGCAGGUCUCCCACAGAAAAGGUCUUCCUCAUGUGAUCUACUGUCGCUUGUGGCGCUGGCCAGACCUGCAGUCCCACCAUGAGCUGAGGGCUGUUGACCACUGUGAAUUUGCCUUUCACACCAAGAAGGAUGAAGUCUGCGUCAACCCCUACCACUACCAGAGGGUGGAGACACCAAUUUUGCCUCCUGUCCUAGUACCACGACAUACAGAUAUCCCUGCAGAGUUUCCACCGUUGGGUGACUACAGUCCAUCCAUCCCUGAUAACACCAACUUUCCUGCUGGCAUUGAGCCCCAAAGUAACUAUAUUCCUGAAACUCCCCCACCGGGGUAUCUCAGUGAGGAUGGUGAGACAAAUGAUCACCAGCUCAACCACAGCAUGGACACAGGUGACUCACAUGAAGGUUCACCCAGCCUGUCGCCCAAUGCUGUGUCACCCACAAACAGUAAUCUUGACUUACAACCUGUGACAUACUGCGAGUCUGCCUUCUGGUGCUCUAUCUCCUACUAUGAGCUAAACCAACGUGUAGGAGAGACUUUCCACGCCUCCCAACCCUCCCUCACAGUAGAUGGAUUCACAGACCCAUCCAACUCUGAACGCUUCUGUCUAGGCUUGCUUUCCAACGUCAACCGCAACUCAGCUGUAGAGCUCACACGCAGACACAUAGGACGGGGCGUAAGGUUGUACUACAUUGGUGGAGAAGUGUUUGCAGAGUGUCUCAGUGACAGUGCCAUCUUUGUCCAGAGUCCCAACUGCAACCAGCGCUAUGGCUGGCAUCCUGCCACUGUCUGCAAAAUACCUCCAGGCUGCAACCUGAAGAUCUUCAACAACCAGGAGUUUGCUGCCCUGCUCGCCCAGUCAGUCAACCAGGGCUUUGAGGCCGUCUACCAACUCACCAGGAUGUGCACCAUUCGCAUGAGUUUUGUCAAGGGUUGGGGAGCUGAGUACAGACGCCAGACAGUGACCAGUACCCCCUGCUGGAUAGAACUGCAUCUCAAUGGCCCUUUGCAGUGGCUGGACAAGGUCCUUACACAGAUGGGUUCUCCCAGCAUCCACUGCUCCAGUGUGUCAUAGGAGCAGCACAUGCGUCACAGAAGCCCUCUUUCCCAUUUCGACACUUAUUUACAAACCACAUAGGAAAACUUAAGCGUCCCUUAGUGAAAAUAAGGAAAGAAACGCUAUUCAUCAAAUGAACAAGUCACUCUCCUCCCUCGCUGUCUCUAACGUUUCACCUCACAUCUAUAGCACUUUGCUCAGUACUAUUUAGUGUUUUCAGUUGAUGGUUAUUUGUUUUUCAUGUGUUCAACGGGCAGCCACAGGGUAUUUGCAAUAGGUUUCAAAAGACAACACAUUUUCUUCAUAAUUCAUUCAGACAUGCUCAGUGUUGUAAUAUUUUUUAUAAAUGAGAUUGAAAUGUUUGUUUCCCAAGUUAAAGGGAUGGUACAGUUUCAGCUUGUUCACCUUUUACAUGUUUUGACACAUUUUUGAUUCUAUGAAUUAGCUAAAAUACGCUAUCAUCACUGGUGUUUCAGUGUCCCAGUAAAACUCUUUGUAAUCACUGAACUGAGAGGCUUAUUUAUCAAUUGAACCAUAAAUUAACAUGAAAAAUGUCAUUCUGAGGAGUGAUUAAAUAGAAUAUAUUUAAUUAUUAUCUUAAGUACAAGGUACUUUGCCCAUAUUAAUGUAUCCGUAUGAAUUAAAGUGUCAAUUAUCUGAUUGAUCAUAUAAUUGGUAUUUUAUCUAUUUUAAACAAAAUAUAGACAUUAGCACUAUUGUUUCUUGAAAAGAACCCUUGUAUGAAAACUAUUUUGCUCAGUGAAAGAGACAUUUUAUAAGUUAUUUUUGCAUACUGUCCUGCAUGGGAAUAUAUUUUUUUUAUUGCCUCAAUAUGAUUGUACAUAAAUAUUUAUAGCUUGCAAUUUCUUGUAGUCAUGCAGUGUUUGAAACAGUGGACCAGACUGACCUCUGGCAUGAGUAGAUUCACAGAAAAACGUUGCUUUAAUGACCCAAAACCUAGCCUUCUAACCAGGGUCAACUGGUUCUUAAGUGUGACAGAUUGGAUUACUGUACCAGUUAUUUUAAUAGGGACAUACAGUAUGAGUGAUCAUAGUGACCUGGUUGGAUUUAGGAACCUGUGUGACUUCAGUGUGUACUCACUAGCAGCAACCAUGGCUUUGGUUCAUCCAUCGAUGGCAUGUAGAGUGAAAACAUAAAUGCAGAUCUUUUCACAUUAUUAUCUUAACUGUCAGCCUAUAGUACACUAUGCCCCUUGUGGAUAAAUAAUGCUGUUCUUAAUUUACUGUGUUGAUCAGUGUAAAGCUUUAGUUUUAGUGGUAAUUUGCUUGUCCAGUAAAUACUGUAUAUUACAUACAUACGUACAUUGCUACAACAUAAGGCAUGUGUUAUAUGCUUGCUGUCAUUGUCUAUAAAGCCACCAUGUUCAUCCUGCACUUACAGGUACUUAAUAGUACAUAA